UCGAGGCCCCGCCCCCUCUGCGGGAGUUCCGGCGCGGCUCUGCGUCGCUCCGCUUCAGUCUGAUCAGAUCAGAGUCACGCCGUCGCCGCCGUCCGUCGGUUUCUCCGCGUCUCUUCUCGUCGCUCCGAAGGAAUCUGGCGGUGUGUUUCAGCGCAGGUGUACAGGCUGCUGAUCUGCUGCACUAUGACCGGACGCCGCCGUCCGUUCUCAGCUAGUUCCGGCCGGCAGUAGAGUCAAUCGGACGAGGUCUGGGUUAAAAUGUCUGCGUGUGGAGAGUUUGCAGAGCACGUGUGGAAACCAGGCUCCUGUAAGAACUGCUUCCAUCCGCGCAGCGCUCACGGACAGACCGUCCGAACGAGUCUGACCGGGGACGACGAGGAUGGGCUGACGUCUCCCUCUCCGUACAGCAAACCCACCAUCGCCGUCAGACCCACCAUGAUCAGCAUGGACGUCAACAUGAAUACAGAACAGAACAAACAGAAGACCUCGGUAGGACUAAAGAAGGCUCUGGAUUUGGCUCCUCUGUACAUCGAUGGCAAUGGAUGUAAUACAUCUCUUAGAGAAAACAUAAUAACUAGCGGCAUCUCUGGGAAGAAGUUCUCCUCAAACCUUUGUUCUCCCACUGGAUUAUCCAAAGACUGCAUGAUUAUCAGCAAUAUGUUUAUGAGUCAGGAAGAUGGCUACGUUCCCCACAGUCUGAAAGCGAAUGGGAACAGUGACUCCUAUAGACCCAUGACCAAGAGCACUUACGCCAACGGAGAUUCUUUUCUUUAUAAUGGAACAGGAAGCAGUGAUGGAGUUACGAGUCCUCUCAGGGCGUCCGUAGAGGAAAGGCAAGCCAGAAACGCACCAGUAGACGUGCUUAACAGAUCGUCCAAUGAUACGGCAGGUACUUCGCCGUCUCCGAUGACUCCAGAAUCCUUCAGAGAAAGCCUGUCAGACUCGUGCUCCAAUCGGAGCAGCGUAGAUUCGUUAGUAGGCCUCCGGAGUCCUCGGAAGUCGCCAAGCGCUCCACCGAACGGGCUCGAGGAAAGCGAGCCGAUCUAUGCUGAGAGCACCAAGAGGAAAAGACGUCUCGAUGCUCCAAGCGACGGGAAGGCUCCUCAGUCCUCGGAGUCCGAAACCGAAGUCAGCGCAGGCGAUAAUCAAAGAGCGACUAUUACAGUCGUCGCCGCUCAUACUGAGGAGAACAACCGGACGUUUUACCUGAGCAGCCCGGAUUCGGCCGUAAGCACCCAAUGGACCCACUUCAGCCCAACGGCGGCCAAAGACCCAACAAGCCCGGCGUUCACUUGGCCAAAUGCUCCCGACGCUUCCGGAACCGCCCAACCCAAACCUCAAUCCAGUCCCCCGGUUCCUCCCAAGAUCAGCCCCCGUCCUCCAAGACUUGGCGCCUCCAGUCUCUCCUUACCAUUACCCGAGCUCAGCUUCCACGUGGUUCUUCCUCCAAACCAAGCGAUCUCGCAAGUGGACCCCACUGCUCAUGCCGUCCGACUCAAGUCCCACAGCGCCAGGAGUUUGGAGCGAUGUAUUGAAGAGGAGGGCGAGUCAUCUGGCUCUUGUGGAGGGCCGGGCGACUCCGUCAAUGCUCCUGCUGUUCCGUCCAGAGAAUGGUCGAGCGAGAGCAGUGCGAUGCCAGGCACCGCCAACAAAAGCAGCAGUCAAACGCCGGAGGACGACGACAGAGCCAAAGAGAGCCCAGCGUCCAGUGAAGACAACACCAGCCGGGAUCCUGCACCGCCUCCGCCGCCUCCCAAAAAACACCACCGGGUGUGUAACCGUCUGAGUGGCAGUAAUAUGGAUCUGGAGCGUGUCGGUCAGCAGGGGUCAGUGGAGAAUCUCAGCCAAUCCCUGCGAGGACUGAACUGCUGCACCAAUGCGUCCAGCGACAGCCUGCAGGCGCUCUCCGACACCGACUCCACCCUCCGCUCCAGCCCCUCCCCUUUCCCCAGCAGCCCGUUUGGCUCCGCCCCUUCGUCUCCGCAGCCCGAGGCUUUUCCCUGCAGCGGCCUGGCCAAUCAGCUCCAGCCGCCUCCGUUACCUCAGAAGAAGCUGGUGAACCGCACCACGUCGGCUCCGGGCGAGUCUGGCGUCAAUGCGCUCGCCCGCUCUCGCCCGCGUCUGGGGAACGUGACGUCCUGCUCGUCUCCGCAGCUCAACACGCUGCACCUGCACGCUCUGCUCAGGAACAUGGACAGCCGCGAGGGCAUCUACUCCAAGCUGGGCGGCCUGUACGCCGAGUCUCUGCGGCGGCUGGCGCUCAAGUGUGAGGAGCACUUCACCAGCGGUCAGAGGAACACGCUCCGGUUCGACGAGAGCAACUGGUCGCUCUUCAAACUCACCUGCAACAAACCCUGCUGUCUGUCCGGAGACGCCGUGUAUUACUCCGCCUCCUGCGCCUCGGACACACGCAACACGUACGCCGUCAAGAUCUGUAAGGGUCAGGCUCCGGACAGUAAGCAGGCUCAUCUGUACGGUCUCUCGGUGCAGCAGAGCGUCCCGUCUCACUUCAGUCUGCAGCAGGACUGCGGUCACUUCAUCGCCUGCGUGCCACGGAGCAUGCUGCCCAGCGAGGAGAGCGGUCCGGCCGAGCAGGAGCGGGUGGUGGUCAUCACCCGGGACGUCCCGCAGCAGAGCGUGGCCGAUUUCGUCCGUGAGUGGGAGUCGUUCCACCAGGCUCAGCCGGAGGUUUACGAGCGGCGCGUGUGUUUUCUGCUCCUGCAGCUGUGCUCGGGUCUGGAGCAUCUGAAAGCCCACGGCGUCACGCAUCGAGAUCUGUGCAUGGAGAACCUCCUGCUGGUGCAGCGUCCAGAUCCACAGCAGCACAGCCUCCCGCGUCUCCUCAUCAGCAGCUUCUCCAAAGCCAAGCGCCGCGACGAAGACCAGGUGACUAUCAACGACCCGUUUCUGAAGCGGGAUCACGCCCGGCUCGCGCCGGAGAUCGUCUCGGCAGCGCAGUACCGCAAAUUUGACGAGUUUCAAACCGGCAUCCUGAUCUACGAGCUCCUGCAUCGCCGCAAUCCGUUCAAAGCCACGCCGGGCAAAUGCGACUACCGAUGCGACGAGCUGCCGCCGAUCCCCGCCGCCUCCAUCUACUCGCCCGGCCUGCAGAGACUGGCUCACCUGCUGCUGGAGCCCGACCCCGGACGCCGCAUCCACAUCCAGGACGCCCGCCGCAUCCUGCAGGCGCUGCUGUGGGGUCCUCGGCGGGAGCUGCUGGAGCAGCCGUGGGUCUGCGGAGGUGGAGAAGGUGGAGGAGGUGGAGGCGGGCGGAGGCUGGAGCCGAGGCAUGACGGCCUGCUGAACUGGCUGGAUGUGAAGCGCGCUCUGCUGAUGAUGAAGUUCGCCGAGCGCUCUCUGGAGCCGGAGAGGAACGCCGAGCUGGAGGACUGGCUCUGCUGUCAGUACUUCUCCAGCGCUAACCCCAGAUCACUGUGUCAGACCGCUGAGCUGCUCUACAACCUGCGCUGAACAUCAGACGGAGACUGUGACAUUCCACCGCUUCCUUUCACCUUCACUGAUGGAUCUCCAGAUUUCACUUGACUUUCGUUUGCUCGGCAUGUCUGAACCGAUCACGCUUCACCCCAAAUUUGAAAGGGAAUACAUAGAUGUGUGUGUAUGCAUACAUGUAUAAAUCAUACAUGCAUAUAUAUAUGUGUGUGCACACA